CUCAGCGUCGGAGCUGGAGAGCCUACAGAGGGAGGGGGGAAGAUAAAUAAGCCCAUAAAGGAUGCUUUGAGUCAGCCGAGGAGGUGCAGAGGAGGAGAGGGGGCUCCGGUCAAACAGCCCCCGGCUUGUCGGAGGCUGCAUUGCAGAGGGAGGCAGGGGAGAAGGAGGAGGAGGAGCAGGAGGAACUCUGCUGCAGACAGGAGGUGCUGAUGCUGCAGAGCUGAGGAGAUAGUCAGGCUUCAUGGUGCGAAUGAGGAGCCGCCGGGAUGGAGAGCAGAAGAGGAGCCAGAGAGUCGGAUAGCUGCUGCCCAGAGACCACCUCUCUGCUGGGGGGCUUCAUGCCCUGGGACAGUCCUGGGAGAUAGAAGGAGGAGGAGGCAGCAGGAGGAGGAGGAGGCUGGACGGAGGGUGGUGGUUUAAGGCUGCCCUGCUGUAUUUUUGGAUGUGGGAUCUCCAAGCUGGAAUAAAGAUGUAGUGUGAUCCGGGGGAAGGAGGGGGACAGAACAAGGAGAGUGCUGUGCUGAGGGGGAGGAGAGGGCUGGACGUCCCGGACCCACGGACCCACAUCUGGGGGGAGACGGACGCCGAGGGUCCACUGGAUCGGGAAGAUGCCCUCUCGCUGCAGGAAUGCGCUGAACAUCGUGCUCACCACCCUCUUUGCAGCGGUGGUCCUCUUCACCAUCCUGCUGGCCUACGUCACAGGCUACCAGUUCAUCCACACCGAGCAGCACCACCUCUCCUUCGGCCUCUAUGGCGCCUUCCUCUCCCUGCACCUCCUCCUCCAGAGCCUCUUCGCCUUCCUGGAGCACCGGCGGAUGAGGAGUCCGGCCCGGCCUCAGCACCUCCGCCGCUCGGUGGCGCUCUGCAUCGCCGCCUACCAGGAGGACCCCGACUACCUGAGGAAGUGUCUGCGCAGCGUCCGCCGGAUCUCCUUCCCGGGCCUGAAGGUGGUGCUGGUGGUGGACGGGAACCGGCCCGAGGACCGCUACAUGAUGGACAUCUUCCAGGAGGUGAUGGGCGGCGCCGACCAGGCCGGCAGCAUGGUGUGGAAGGGCAACUUCCACAGCGACGGCAGCGGGGGAGGCGGCGUCGGAGGCGGAGGGAGGAGCACGGUGCACAUGGAGGAGGCCGGACGAGUCGCCCGGCUGGUCAGAGGAUGCAGAUUCUCCUGCAUCAUGCAGGAGUGGGGAGGCAAGAGGGAGGUGAUGUACACCGCCUUCAAAGCUCUGGGAGACAGCGUGGACUAUGUGCAGGUGUGUGACUCGGACACCGUCCUGGAUCCGGCUUGUACCAUCGAGAUGCUGAAGAUCAUGGAGGAGGAUCCGAUGGUGGGAGGAGUCGGAGGAGACGUGCAGAUCCUCAACAAGUACGACUCGUGGAUCUCCUUCCUCAGCAGCGUCCGCUACUGGAUGGCCUUCAACAUCGAGCGGGCCUGCCAGUCCUACUUCGGCUGCGUCCAGUGCAUCAGCGGCCCUCUGGGGAUGUACAGGAACUCCCUGCUGCAGCGCUUCCUGGAGCCCUGGUACCACCAGACCUUCCUGGGCUCCAAGUGCAGCUUUGGCGACGACCGCCACCUCACCAACCGGGUGCUCAGCUUCGGCUACAAGACCAAGUUCACGGCUCGGUCGCAGUGCCAGACGGAGACGCCGACCCAGUACCUGCGGUGGCUCAACCAGCAGACUCGCUGGAGCAAGUCGUACUUCCGCGAGUGGCUCUACAACGCCCUGUGGUUCCACAAGCACAGCCUCUGGAUGACCUACGAGUCCGUGGUCACCGGAUUCUUCCCCUUCUUCCUGGUGGCCACGGUGAUCCACCUGUUCUACCGCGGCCGGCUGUGGAACAUCCUUCUGUUCCUGCUGACGGUGCAGCUGGUCGGAAUGGUGAAGGCCACCUACGCCUGCUUCCUACGCGGCAGCCUGGUCAUGAUCUUCAUGUCGCUCUACUCGCUGCUCUACAUGUCCAGCCUGCUGCCCGCCAAGAUAUUCGCCUUGCUGACCAUCAACAAGGCCGGAUGGGGGACGUCGGGCCGCAGGAAGAUUGUGGUCAACUUGAUUGGCGCCGUCCCGGUGACGGUGUGGGCGCUGGUGCUGCUGGGAGGCGUGGCCUAUACGGUGUACUGUGAAACCCAGGAGCCCUUCAGCGACACGGAGAAAGCCUUGUUGAUAGCGGGGACGAUCCUGUACGCCUGCUACUGGCUCAUCCUGCUGGUGCUCUACCUGGCCAUUGUCGCCAAACGGUGCAACAAGAGGGAGGAGCAGUAUCACCUGCCGUAUGCGGAGGCGUAAACCUGCCGCCAGAGAGCAUGCUGGGACGUUUCUCUGCAGUACGACUCCAGCGAAGGUCUUCGUUGACCCUGUGAGCUGCUGGAGCGACGAGCUGCCUCACAUCUUCAUCACUGGUGCUAUAAAAGGUGUGAAUCCGAAAUCUGAGCAGCUUUGGGGGGGAAAAGUCUCAAAGACGACUGGAUCCAUUCAGCUCUCCCAGUUCUAUCAAUGGUGCUGCACACUGAAAACCCAAGCAGAACCGAUCCAGGUCAUUAAGAGUUCACACACUCGCUCAGAAGAACAUUAGGUAGUCGACGGGUGCAGGUUAGCGGUGAAAGUGUGAGUGUGUAGGAGGGUGCUUUUAAUGAGUAUCAAGCAAGAAAAGACACUAAAUAAGUUUUUUAUGUUUAAGAUGAUUUGCUCAGAUUAGUCAGAGCGCUUAUUUCGGGAUAUAAAAGUGGUGCAACUAAAGACCCGACUGUGCAGGAAAAGAUGCUAAUUUGUCGGCUUGAUCUUUAGAAAGUAUAAAGAAGAAGAAGUGAGAAAGAGAGUUUUCAGUGAGUCAGACACACAUUGAUGUUCUAGCUAUUUACAGCUAAUGUCUGUGGAGUUGAUGUAUGAGCAGAAAGAGCAGGAAAAACCCAGAACGGUUCAGGUUCUGUCUGAACACGCCUUAAAGAGCCCAUAUUCUGCACAUAUACAGGAUUAUAAUUGUAUUUUUGGGGUCUACUACAAUAUGUUUGUCGGCUUUAAUGUUCAAAAACACGUCAUUUCUGUCUGAAAUGCUUCAUUUAUUUCCUGUCUCUUUAAGCCCCGCCUCCUAAAAGCCCAGUCUGCUCUGAUUGGUCAGCUGGACCGACCAAAACCAGAUAAUGUUGGUUAAUAAACCUGCAUUUCUGAGUGCAGACAGAAAGAUGGAGCUUUAGUAGGCAGCGAGGUGGCUGCUCCUUCUUUAUUUGAUGGCAAACUAGCUGCUAGCAGGAUUUAUGCAAAUGUCUCACAUGAUGAUGUAGAUACGCAACAGAAGGAAAACCUGGACUUCAAAUGAGGUGUUUCAGGCGCAGUGUUUUCCGUGGUGUGGAUGUUGUAGGUUUGCAGACCUUUAAUGUACACAAGAAAGCAGCUUUUGAAAAUGCUGAAGCAAAGGAAGAACCAAAAAAACCAGAAUAUGGGUUCUUUAAAGUGUAAUACAUACUGUAACUCACAAGUCGAGAGAGUUACUGGUUGCUGUAAUUAUUCCUCCUGGAUGCAACAAGCAACAAAAGUCCUUCCAUUUAAAAAAAAAAUGCCAAUACUUAACUAAUUACUCAGCAGCAGCAGGAAUAACAAACUGUACUUUUAUUACUGAGCCCAGCUCCGUCAGAUACAUACAGUAUGUAUGAAUAUAAAAGCAACUCUACAUCUUUAACAUACGUACAUUUACCCCUUUGUGUUUGACACAUACAGACAUAAAGUGAAACUUCAACUGUGUUUCCAUAAAAUUAUCAACCGACUUUCAAGCAAAGUUUUGAAAUGUCACAAAAAACCUCCACAAGCAGCUUUGGAGUGAAUGACCUCGGCUGCGUAGUGUUGUCAGAAGGUGGCGCUAUAAGCUACGUUAGCUGUAAUAAACAGAGUAGAAGAAGCCACAAACAAAAACAGUUUUUUGUCAACCACUAAAGAAGAAGAAACAAACCAAACUUUGUUCAUCUAAUAGAGAACAAAGGAAAGAAUGAGGUUAAUGUCAGGUGGUUUCGACCAAUUUUCAUGUCGUCUGGAGUCUCUAGAAGCAGAAACAGCUGAUAAAUUAUAUAAAGUAAAUGAUCACAAUGUCAGCAAUUUAUUCAGAAAUAGUGUUAUCAUUGUUUUGGAAGUAAAACGAGGUUGAGAGAGGAUGAGGAGGCAGACACAGAGAAACACACCGAAGACUCAUAUGAUUUAGGAUUGAGAGUAAAGUUUAUUGUCAUCAGGAGAAGUGACACCAACAGAGCAGCAGUUCAUGCAAUCAAUGCCAGCAUCAGUUCUGAGGAUUCUCUCUGACAUUCGAGUAUAUAUUGUAGUUAGGAGAAGGUCAGAUUUAGAUUACAGACGAAUAUGGAGACAAAUCCUGAGUCUGCUUAGUCACGUCAGAAUAGACAAGAUCUAACCUUGACCAUAGCAGAGUCCUGGCAUAUCUCCCUCCUACAGCGUCUGCCUGUUGGAAGAUAAUCUGGGAUGACAUCAGCUAACAGUUGCAAGGUAAUACUUUAGAAAAGGGAAAGUAGUUUUUCUUUCACAAUCACCUCCCAUUAAGCUCAUUUACUCUUCUUGUAAAACAACAAAAAUCACCUCAAGUGAGUGCAUAAACUUUUUUUUGCAAAACAUUGCAGUUUCCAUUGGCUUUUUCUAACACGAUUCUUCAAAAUGAAUAAAUAGAAAUGUGGCUUUAAUAAAUGAACCUAAAAUGCGAAUUUCCAGACAGCCUCUCAGACUAAAAGUUAUGCUUGAGUAUGUCAUUUAAAGAUUUAUUUAACAUCCAAGUGGUCUUCUAAUGUUGACUAGUAAAAUGUUAAUUCCACCACGGCACAGACCAGAAAUUCUCUGCAAUAAGGUGGAAAAAAUGUGCAUAUUUCUGUAUAUACACAUUCGCAUUUGCAAAACAUUAGUAAAAAUCCAAAAAUGUGCAUCUCUACUGGACUGGGCCCUAAUGUACAUUCAAAUAGGUGACAAAAACAUCAUGUGUUAUGAACUGUAUUACAGUGUAGUUGUGUUUUAGAAGGGUAUUUCUAAACAAACAGCAUCGACAGGAGGAAUUACAGUGACCUUAAACUCUAUUAUACACGUUGAGUUCUGUAUCAAGAUCAAAAAAUCAGACCAUACAAUGAUGGAGACCAGCAGGUUUUGGAUGUUUUGAGAUGUUUUAAGAUGUUUUUAGAGCCUCGUCAUGGUUCAUGUCCAGCUCUGAGUCCAGUCUUGUGUCCAUCAGCCGUGAACAGCACAAUCAUCAGCUACGAUCUUCCCAGAACAGACGAUCGGAACGUUUCCGAACACGCAGCUGUAUUUUUUGGUGCUGUUGAACAGUGUCAAACUUAUCGUCGGUCCAAUUCUCCGUUUACACUUUACCACCAGUGUGUUCCAUCAGAGAUUCUUUUCUAUUACUGUAAAGGUGCCAAAUUACUGUAAUGUACCAGACGUUUUCCUGCCGGACUCCUAAACUUUGUUUGUUCCAUCCAUCAGCAGCAGCAUAAAGACUGAACACCAAAGAGAUUUUCUGCUAAGGUUUGUCCCAAAAUCGUCCGUCAGCGUAUCGGCAUCGUGCCAUUUAACUUAAGUUCAUAUUGUUUUAUGUUGAGCUGGCUGUACAUGUUCACACAUACAUUAAAAGAAAAAUGUGUUUAGCUGGA